AUGGAGAAGUUUGUGGAGAAGGUUGUACAAGGACGAUUCCACAUGCUACCAAAGGCUGUGAUGGACGUCCCCAGUCUGACUCCCCCAGUCACCCCAGUCUGGCUCCCCUGGUCACCCCAGUCUGGCUCCCCUGGUCACCCCAGUCUGACUCCCCUGGUCACCCCAUCUGACUCCCCCCGGUCACCCCAGUCUGACUCCCCUGGUCACCCCAAUCUGGCUCCCCUGGUCACCCCAUCUGGCUCCCCCUGGUCACCCCAGUCUGACUCCCCCGGUCACCCCAGUCUGGCUCCCCCUGGUCACCCCAGUUUGACUCCCCUGGUCACCCCAGUCUGGCUCCUCUCGUCACCCCAGUCUGACUCCCCUGGUCACCCCAGUCUGGCUCCCCUGGUCACCCCAGUCUGGCUCCCCCGGUCACCCCAGUCUGACUACCCCGGUCACCCCAGUCUGGCUCCCCCGGUCACCCCAGUCUGGCUCCCCUGGUCACCCCAGUCUGGCUCCCCUGGUCACCCCAGUCUGGUUCCCCCGGUCACCCCAGUCUGGUUCCCCCGGUCACCCCAGUCUGGUUCCCCCGGUCACCCCAGUCUGGCUCCCCUGGUCACCCCAUCUGGCUCCCCUUGUCACCCCAGUCUGACUCCCCCUGGUCACCCCAGUCUGACUCCCCCUGGUCACCCCAGUCUGACUCCCCCUCGUCACCCCAGUCUGACUCCCCCUGGUCACCCCAGUCUGACUCCCCCUGGUCACCCCAGUCUGACUCCCCCUGGUCACCCCAGUCUGGCUCCCCUGUCUGGCUCCCCUGGUCACCCCAGUCUGACUCCCCCUGGUCACCCCAGUCCGACUCCCCCUCGUCACCCCAGUCUGGCUCCCCUGGUCACCCCAGUCUGGCUCCCCCUGGUCACCCCAGUCUGGCUCCCCCGGUCACCCCAGUCUGACUCCCCCGGUCACCCCAGUCUGACUCCCCUGGUCACCCCAGUCUGGCUCCCCUGGUCACCCCAGUCUGACUCCCCUCGUCACCCCAGUCUGGCUCCCCCUGGUCACCCCAGUCUGACUCCCCCGGUCACCCCAGUCUGGCUCCCCUGGUCACCCCAGUCUGACUCUCCCUGGUCACCCCAGUCUGACUCCCCUGGUCACCCCAGUCUGACUCCCCUGGUCACCCCAGUCUGGCUCCCCUGGUCACCCCAGUCUGACUCCCCUGGUCACCCCAGUCUGACUCCCCUGGUCACCCCAGUCUGGCUCCCCUGGUCACCCCAGUCUGGCUCCCCCGGUCACCCCAGUCUGACUCCCCCCGGUCACCCCAGUUUGACUCCCCCCGGUCACCCCAGUCUGACUCCCCCCGGUCACCCCAGUCUGACUCCCCCCGGUCACCCCAGUCUGACUCCCCCCGGUCACCCCAGUCUGGCUCCCCUGGUCACCCCAUCUGACACCCCUGGUCACCCCAGUCUGACUCCCCCCGGUCACCCCAGUCUGGCUCCCCUGGUCACCCCAGUCUGGCUCCCCUGGUCACCCCAGUCUGACUCCCCUGGUCACCCCAGUCUGGCUCCCCUGGUCACCCCAGUCUGGCUCCCCUGGUCACCCCAGUCUGGCUCCCCUGGUCACCCCAGUCUGGCUCUCCCUGGUCACCCCAGUAAGAUCCAAAGCAUGUCAAGCCAUUUCAACUCCGUACUGUGA